AUGAGCCUCGAAACUGGUCCUGUCGGGUCCAUGUCCCCCGAGAGCUCUGGACGCAAUACCCCCGUCCUGCGACAAUGGAGGAACCAGUUGAGCGCUGAAGACGCUCCUAUCAAAGACAAGGCAUACAGAAAAUAUGCAUCCGGCGUCGAGCGUGCCCUGUCUCUCUUCGAAACGGCCUUGGAGGAAUGGGCUGACUACAUCUCUUUCUUGAGCCGGCUGCUCAAGGCCCUACAGGCACGACAAGCCAACAUCACCACUAUACCCUCCAAAGUACUCGUCGCAAAGAGGCUUUCGCAAUGCCUGAACCCCUCUCUACCUUCGGGUGUGCAUCAGAAGGCACUGGAGGUCUAUAGCUAUGUUUUCUCCGUCAUAGGCGUCGAUGGCUUAUCUCGAGAUCUGCCCCUAUACCUGCCGGGCCUGGCGUCGACUCUGUCGUUUGCUUCCCUGACAGUACGAGCACCAUUCCUGGAGCUACUCGAGAUGUACUUCGUGGAGCUUGACCCAAAAUCCUUGCGCCCGGCCAUGAAAUCCAUCAUACUUGCGCUGCUACCAGGCCUGGAAGAAGAGACGAGCGAGGACUUUGCAAGAACAUUGAAGCUAGUGGAGAAGUUUAAGACCGCCAUUCGUACACCAGACAGCAAGGAGCUGACGUCGACACAUGCGACCGGCGAUGAGUUCUUCUGGCAGUGUUUUUUCCUGGCCUCCAUUACCAGUCAAAGUCGUCGGCCUGGUGCCUUGGCAUAUCUGGUUCGGAAUCUGCCAAAGUUGGGCCAACAUAUCGUGCAAGGAGAGUCUGCUGGAAAAAGCAAAGCUGAGCACGCCGCUGAAGACCAGCUUUUCGAAGACCUGUCGAGCUUGGUCACAUCUCCCGAGCCUGGUUUACUACUUCGUUGCUUCACCGCCGGCCUUGGCGAUGAACAACUACUUAUACAACGUGGCUUUCUAGACCUCCUUGUCACGCAUCUACCUUUGCAUUCCAAAGUGUUACAAAAUCGAGUCAAACCUGAGGAUCUGGAGCUUUUGCUGAAGGCAGCUGCUGGUGUAGUGACUCGCAGAGAUAUGAGUUUGAAUCGACGGCUUUGGGCUUGGUUUCUGGGUCCGGAGCCUGCAGGCCACGAGCACGAGGCCGGUGUAGAGUCGCCAACGUCGCCAAUAGAUCAUCAUCAAGGGUAUUUUACUUCCAAGACGAGCUAUUUCGAGGACAACGGACUGCAGGCACUGACACAGGCGCUAUUAUCAAUGAUCCGGACUGCCUCAGAUACGAAUCCCACGGAGAGAGCGCGGCCCUACAGAAUAUGCCUUUCCCUCAUGGACAGAUGGGAGAUUGGCGGACUGGUUGUCCCUGAGAUCUUCCUCCCCAUCAUUGAAAGUGUCAGAGACUUCAAAGGUCGUGCUGCCAGUAAGAACGAUUUCAAUGAAGUUCUGCGCAGCGCUAGUGUGUUUUUUGACGGAGUCGAGAGCGGUCUCAUCUACGGCGAGCUCGUCAGUCUGAUUGCUCAAGUCGUCGGUCCUGGUGAUGCUCAAUAUGCUCAACGUAUUGACAAAAUCAGUUUGGUGCAAUUUAUCAUGAACCAUUUCAAUAUUCGCGAAGAAGAGAUGGUGACUAUUCAUGCGCCCCUCGCAGCCCUGUCCAUCCUGGCAAUGUUGGAGGAUACCAAAGAACGCGGGCAUCAAUUACCCACGAGCGCUGGUACAGGGGAUGUUGCACUGUCAGACCAAGUACUUUCUAUAGCUCUUGGUCUUCUCGAUAUGGUACCCGACCGAGCUUUUCCAGCCAAGUCUGAUGGCAGAGAUGCGAUGAAGUCCUCAGAGAACUCUGCCAUGGCAUCCAUGUCCAAUAACGACUUGCUCAAAAGGAUCAGAAAUUUCUAUGUCAGUGAUCAGGGCAACCUCGAGGCGUCGUCUCUGCCUUUUUCUGCCCGGAAUGUAGGGGCCCUUAUCCUCAAGAAAGCUUGCAAUCUAGUGUGCAACUGCCUCGUUGCGAAAGAGCCAUCUCAAGCCUUGACGGUCAGGACUCGCGUUUUGGCACUUGUGUUAUCGAAAGUACCCAACGCAUACUCGCUCGACACGAACAGACUCUUGUCAAAUAUGCAAGCAAGUCUCUCUAGUGUCGACCUGCCAUUUGUCUCCUUCAAGGCAAUGCUCCUGUUAUCAACUCAACUGUAUGGUAGCUCGAGAAUCCCGCCAUCUGAUUUAUCCGACUUGGUCGAGCCGCUUGUCCGUCACGCUUGGGGUUUCUUGUCGCUUUCAGAGCCCAAGUACCACGUCGAGACAGUCCGGUGUCUCUGGCAAUUGCAAUCUGCGCUGGGCCCACAGAAUCGAGACAUUGAGAGCGCUAUUGCUGCUUUAAUGUUGAAGAACGAUACAACGGGCAGUUUUCCUAUUCGACCAGCGGAUACGGGACGUAGUUUCAGCAUCUUAUGGUCACAUACUCUUCAAGAUGGAAAUGUUGAUCGGCGAACGCCAAAAACACCAAUGGGAGAAGGAGCACCACAAUUCCGUUUGGCUGGCCAGGACUACUAUGAGGUCAUGCUGACUCGACCACUGUUUCUCAUGCUUGAUUCCUUGUUGGAUGACCGAACACAACUUUUUAUGGCUGUCAAGACUUGGCUCAACAGCAUGAUAGGUAUCGAAAGAUUGUUCUUGGUCUUUGUCACCAAGUUAUCUCAACUGCGAUUUCUUCGAACAUUGCCCAAGACGUCAACACCCGAUUCUGCGAAGCAAUCCAUUGCUUUCUCUUCGGAUGACGAUCUAGACAUGGCACUAUACUAUCUGCGCACCCUAUCCAAUAUGUUUCGAUGGGCUCCAGAUGCAUUCUUCGGUGUCCUUGCAACAAGACUGAUCGAAGAGCCAGAGACUCACCUCCGAGAGAUUACCGGUGCUGAAGGUGAUAUUUCUCUGCAAGAAUUCUUCCUCCAAGUCUGCAUGAGAUGUAUAGCUGGCAAUAGAUUUCCAGAGGAGAAGCGAACACAGCUGCGUGUAGCUCAACUUCACAGAUGUGCUCUGACACUCCUGCAUCAAAUUUUGUUGAAUCCUUAUGCAGAGUCACUGUCAAGGCUACACUUGGAAGAUGUCUUGAUAGCCCGUCUACAUCAAUCACUUGAUGGGCCAGAUCCCUAUAUUCAGGUCUUGCUCUUGGAUGUCGUCUUCGCAUCCCUCAAAUUAAGGGACGUGUCACCGAAUGAGCUCCCGUCUUCCCCAACAGGAGAGAAGCGAGCUUUGAGCUAUCCUACGGGCAACCGCCGGUUAUCUGCUGCUACCACCAUGGAAAAUGUACAAGACGUUACAGCACCGCCGCAGACUCUACUAAAAUGUAUACAGGCCGGCUUAUCUUCGCCAAGUAGUCGACCCGUUCUGGAUAGCUGGGUUGGUUUCUUGACCGAAUGUUUGCCCUUGUAUUACAAUACCAUCUUUCAAGUCCUGAUACCCCUGGUGGAAACCUUAUGUGAGCAAGUCCGGAAUACCUUCGAGGACUUGCAGAGGACCUUUCAACACGAUGCAAAGACAACGGUUGGGCUCAAUGCACCAGAGUCGACCUUGAUCUCACUGCUCAACGCACUCGAGCAGGUGCUCGCCAAGGCUCACGAUCAACUAUUGGCUGAAGAGGCUAGAGCCCAAGUCAUCAAGAGUCCAGAUCAGCAAUCACAAGGGUUCUUUGGGAAUAUGGUAUCCGGCGUGUUCAACUCAGAAACCCCUCAAUCUCGCAGUGCGACUGCGAACGACAGGCUGACUGUAUUACUUGCCUUCCAAGACGCUGUGCGGAUCUGCUUCAGAAUCUGGUCAUGGGGCCAGGGUAGUGAGGCCGCGUCCUUAGACAACAACUCCUCCUUAUCAUUCAACUACACAUCACUUCGGAUGAGGAACCGAGCCAGGCGUCUUCUGGAGCACGUCUUUGCAGCCGAAGCUCUAGAAUGUCUGGAAACCGUUGUCGAUAUAUGGCGAGCGUCACUUAGCAGUCCUGACACAACCAAGCACUCGGAUGUGUUCAACCUGUUGCCUGCCCUUGAUGGUUCUCGUCCAAGACACACGAUACCGGCUAUUUUCAACGCGAUUUAUAGUCGGACCAACCCGAACGCGCUUGACCCCUCGCGCAAGUCCACAUUGACUAUCUCGCUCCAAGAUACUGAUCUAGUCAUCUUCUUGGUAGACUAUGCCCGCUCAUUAGAGGAUGAUGCCAUGGAUGAGAUCUGGCAAGACUGCAUGGCAUUUUUGAAGGACUUGCUUGGGAAUCCAUUCCCGCAUCGACAAACGCUUCCAAGCUUGCUCGAGUUCGCCGCAAUUUUGGGCGAGAAAGUCGACAACACAAACUUUGGAGAACAACGUAAGAUGCGAAGAGAGCUCGGUGAUCUCUUCCUUCGAUUACUCACGGCCCUAUUCACCACACGUCCCAUAUCAUUCACAGAGACAUCUUCCUCUUCACAACCCGAAAAGGUUAAACCUGAUGAUCGGGAGUCACCUUCACCUGCAGAGAGAGCCGAUGAUGUUGUCGGAAUCCUCUCUACGAUAGUACCAAACCUUCCAAAGAUUUUAGUAGAGUCAGACCGAGUUCUUACGGCGGCCGCAGCCAUAUCUACUAACGUCAUUGGGCCCUCGAUUCGGUCCAAGGGUUUCCCCGAAACGGUAUCGAAGGGAACCCUGAGCCUAAUGCAAGAGCUCACGCGGUUACCGAAUAAUCAAAAGACAUGGAAGAAGGACAUUGGAGACGCAUUCAACGAUGCCAGGUUCUUUGCUUCGCCAGUCUCCCUGGUCCAGAGUGAUUGGCUUCCCCUUCUUAAGCAGUGGACGGUAGCAGACAAAGAACGCAUGACCGAAAUACUGAGUCGCAUCACCCCUCCGACAACAGCAGGUAUCGUUUUUGGUGUAGGAGCUACCUCCGCAAGACUUGAAGCGGAUCGAAAGACACAGCUCAAUUUGCGACGCGCUGCGGCCUUGAUUCUCGCGUCUCCUAUGGACACGUUCGUGACCGACUUGCAGGUCAUAACAGAACGUCUUGUCGAGCUUCUUGGCGCAACAUCGACCUCCUCGCCGUCCUCCACAACUCGGGCUGAAAUAUACAUGGUUGUGCGAGCACUAGUCUUGCGAACUUCGGCAAUACAUCUUUCUCCUCUGUGGCCUAUCACAAAUGCUGAGAUACAUGCUGCCCUCUCAUCCGUUGUGGCUACUGAUAACAGUAUCCCCAGCGACACAUACAAUAACACUUCGAUUCUGCAGGCUUGCAAGCUUCUCGAUCUUCUCAUCUGCACAGCUCCUGACGACUUUCAAUUACACGAAUGGCUCUUCAUCACAGACACCAUCGAUGCUAUAUAUAGAAGUCCAGCAUACCAGCCUUUUGCGCUCGUAGACGAGCUUUCUGAAGAGCUCGGAAAUAGUUCGUUGGCAAAGAAUUCAGCCCUGCAGACAGAGAGCGCUGCAAUUAUGGCAGCCUCAGGCUCGUGCCGACGUCCCCUGCUUGGUCCUGGUGGUAUUCCAGACGAGCUAUCGACAGACCGGAAGGACGAACUUAUUGCCAAGAUCCUGCGUCCUUUCUUUGCUCAGUUGAGUAUUUUUGCUUUCGAGAGCACCUAUGCCAUGGGUGCCGUCGAUGAAGAGGUUGCGGUCCUGGGGCUUCUCAGGGAUAUUUUUGAUGAGAAAAGUAUCGUCAAAGCUCUGUAG